UUGAAUCAAAUAACAAAUGAACGGACGAUAGACGGACCGGGUCGAGUACAGUGGAUUUAUUCGGUUUUCAUCGUUACUGUUGUGUUUAACUUUCAAGUAAUCGGUCUGGCUAACGACAAAUAGCACAGGGACAUAAAGAAAUAGACAGAAGUGCAAAAUCGGUUAGAAAAGGCGACUUGAUCGGACAGAAACCGUACUAACGUUAGCUAGCUAAUCUCUGUCAAAUUAAAUUGGUCAAAAGGGAUGCCGCUGAAAUCCAAAUCAGACGGAUAUUUGGAUUUAAUGUCGUCUCAUUUAAUCGGCAGAAGCAGUUUUUCGAUAAAAGGUUGUACGAUAAAUCAAUUUCGAACGUGCAUAUUUUUUAAUUGCUGAAUUUUAGGAACUAACGUUAGUAGGUAACCUUAGUCUGACGAAUUGAAAUCACGGACCGAAAGUGCUACGCUAACAUACUAGCUAAUUUGGCUGGGCAGACAACAACAGAUCUGUUUUGCAUCAUUGCCAAAGAAACAUUGCGAGUGAAAUUGGUGAAGACGUUUCAGUUCCACAAAGAGUGCUGACAUUAUCUUUGACUUUGGCAGCAAUGAAACUGUUAGAGAACAGCAGUUUGGAAGCUCUGGGCUCUCAACUUUGUGUUGAAACGGGAGAGUCUCACAUCCUGGGCAGGAUCGAGAGCUACUCCUGCAAGAUGGCUGGUGAUGACAAGCACAUGUUUAAGCAAUUUUGCCAGGAGGGGGAGCCACAUGUCCUAGAGGCCCUCUCACCCCCCCAGUCCAGCGCCACCAGCCCACCCCAACUGGGGAAGAGCAGUGAGGACGCCGAAAACCCUCUGAGUGACAAGUGUUGCAGGAAGACCUUGUUCUACCUCAUCACCACGCUCAACGAGUCGUUCAGGCCCGACUACGACUUCAGCGCAGCCCGGGCCCACGAGUUUAGCCGUGAGCCCAGCCUCAACUGGGUGGCGAAUGCAGUGAACAGCAGCCUGUACUCAUCAGUUGGCGUGGAGUUCAACUCCCUGGGGCCUGAGCUGUGGAACUCCAUCGACCAGGAAAUUUGCCUGCAGGAAUGUGACAUUUACAGCUACAACCCUGACCUGGACUCAGACCCCUUUGGGGAGGAAGGCAGCCUCUGGUCCUUCAACUACUUCUUCUACAACAAGAAGCUGAAGAGGAUUGUAUUCUUCACCUGUCGCUCCGUCAGUGUCUUGAGUGGGUAUGGCUGCGGUUGUCUGGACAACGAGUUGGACAUGGAGCUGGAUGAUGAAGAGGAGAUGGACGGAUUCACUGAGGACAGGUUCCCCAGAGCUCUUUGUGUCUAGGCACACCCAGGCCUAACAUCUAGGCUUUACAACCUCAUCCCCCUUCCCCCAUCCUGUUUCUUUUUUCCUCAUCUAUCCUGGUUUUUUUCUUUGUCUCGAUGUUCUGUACAGCCUGACCCAGGAAGCCAUUUGCUCAUGUAGAGGAAAUACAUUUGUUCCCCCCCCCCCCCCCCCCCCCCAUUGACAAGUGCAUGUUUCACACCUUUCACAUCAGCUGGAUCCGACCCAUACCGUGAAGGACAUUUUCUAAAUGCCCAGGGCAACUGGGAUCUAGGUCUCCUGUUUUAUUGUGCUUUCUCUAUCUUCCGUUGUCACUGAGCUAAGAACUGACUCUGUGCCUGAUCAUUUGAUGGAAGGACUUUCCCACACCUCUCACACCCACAUCCUCUUGACCUGAAACCAGCCUCUGCUUGGAUGCUGCACUCAAAGAAACCCUCCCAAAACUUAUUGGAUCUGUCUUGGAUUUUUAUGGUCAAGAGAGACCAUGGACAGCUAACCCUGACACGCAAACAUUCUCUUUUAUUUAAAAAAAAAAUCGCAGCAAAUGACGUCACAGAAACCGCUGUGUAAGUGGAGAUAGAAGUCCACAGUGCAACACCAGCAUCAGUGAGAGCCAUGGAAGGGGAGGGGCUUAUUACAUCAAACCUCUCCCCCAAUCCCACACUGGGUAGAGGGUGGGACAACGACAGCUAAUUCGAUUGGCUGUCUAUCCAGCUGAUUUCCAUUUGUGACUGCUUCCUUUGUGUGGCUUUUAUGCUUGACAGUGGUGUUAAUGUGAGAACUGAAAACUUUUAUAGCGCCGAGUUUUUAAACAAAUGCUGCUUUUGUAAUGGAAACAUUGUAAUAUCUUAUGUUGUCUUAUUACUGCACAUGACAUGUGUAGAUGGGAGAUGGAGAUGACUCUGCCAAGGAAAGCAAUAUGACAUCAGACUUGCAGCUUAUACAAGAUCACUUUCAUGGGCGCCUCUGUCACCUUGUUCUGCCUAUCAAUAACCAUGUUCCUCAAUGUGUGAUUUUUCUGGUUCCCUUAUGAUUUAGGCUAACCUAUUGUGAAACUUGUACCCAUUUCCCACUGCUACAAUCAUCCAUUAAUUUUAUGCUCAAACAUUGCAAAGGCUUUGAUGUGAAGCCAAGUGAAUGUACUAAACACAGGCAGCAAAGGCAUCAGUGAUAUUUCCAGUAAUAUUAUUAAAGUGUUUUACACUUUAAUAAAAGAAAGACCCGUUUAUCUCUGUUCCCUGUGUAAGACUUGUGAACUCCGAUGAUGACCUCUGUUCAGGACCUGUUUUGAUUAUACAGCAUAUGUUAAUAAAGUUGUGUUUGAACCAAA